CGCCCCCUCCGCCGCAGAGGCCCCGCCCCUCCCGGCCGCGCCGGGCGGACCCGCUGCCCCGGCGGCCACUUGCCCGCGGCCUGGGCUGGCCCGGGCGGGCGGCGGGUCGGGCCGCGCACACCCCCGGCCCCCGCUCCGCGCCCUCCCCCCGCCCGCUCCGCCCCGCGGGCCGGCGCCGCCCCGCGCAGCCGAUCAGCUGUCAUGCUUCCAUCUGCACGCCCGGAAGAGGACUCUGCUACCAAAGUCAUCGUUUCCAGCUAGACGCGCCCAAACCGAGCGGCUGCCAUGGAAACGGGCGGCGCGGAGGAGCCCGCCCGCAGCAGGUCGCAGUCGGUGACCUGCGGGCAGCGGGAGGGAUGCGACCAGCAGCCGGAGGAGAACGGGGACCGGCUGUCCGAGCGGGGCGACGCCUCCGUCACGGCCGCGGAGCCGCAGCAGCCUCAGCCGCCCGCCGGCAAGCUGAAGAAAACGGCUUUCAAGCUGUUUGGAGGGAAGAGGAGCAUCUGUACGCUGCCCAGUUUCUUUGGAGGCAGAAGCAAAGGCCAGGGGAAGGCAGGCUCCAAAAAGGGCCUCACUAAGUGUAAGACCCACGACGGGCUGAGCGGUGCCGCGUACGACAAGGGCGGCGGGGCGCAGCUGGAAAGCCCUUUGGAGGGGAGCAGGGACUCGCACCCUUGCCCUUUGGCGAGCUCCCAAAGCGCUCACCUGGCCGUAGACGCCAGCGCCAGGUUUGACUUCAGCCAGGGGGACGGCUCUCCACCCGGGAGUAUCGAUGGCUGUGAGAAAAAGCCCAACGGAGACAAGUCGUCCUUUCCCAGAGCCAAGAAAGGCCUGAAAGGGUUUUUUAACAGCAUCCGGCGUCACCGGAAGAGCAAGGCUGCCGAGUGUGAGAAAGCAGAGCUCCCCGAGUGGACGGGGGAUGCGGAGGAGGCCGGCAAAGCUCCUGGCGUGGGAGCGGAGAGCGGCGGGGCGGCAGAGGGACAGGGACAGGGACCCAUCCCUCUUGCCGCGGGGUGACUGGGGAGCUCGGAGGACGACCGCUCGGUAGGCGCAGCUGCCAAGUGCGGAGAGGCCGCCCAGCCCGGCUGUCUGGCGGCUGCCGAAGGCAGCUCUGAGGGCGACGCGGUGGCGGUGCCGGGGAAGAGGGAGGUUCCGGAUACGACAUCCGAGGCCGACGCUGAUGUCUGCACGGAGUUUGACGGUGGCAAUGUGCUGCUGGCCUUUCAUCCGGAACUCACGGACAAGGACCCUCCGUGCCUCCACUCUGGGGACCUGCUGAGCUUCAUCUUGGGAGACGUCACGUCCCUGAAGAGCUUUGAUUCCCUGACGGGCUGCGGAGACGACAUUGCUGAGCCCGACAUCGCCGAGAGCACCAUCUCUGUGGAGCGCAGCAGAGACGCUGCCAAACGGAGCUCCUGCCUGGUCACCUACCAGGGCGGUGGGGAGGAGAUGGCCAUACCCGAGGAGGCGGAGGAGUACCUGCACCAGCUAUGGAGCAGCCACGCGGCAGGGGAGCGGAGCUACGGAGCCCGGGUGUCGAGGAGCAGUUUGGAGACAGAGGCCUGGCACGAGGCGGAAGGCCAGCCCUACGCGGGGGACGCGACGGACGGCGUUGAGCUCCUGACGCCCCAGAGCGACCAGCAAGAGUCCGCCCCUAACAGCGACGAGGGUUAUUACGACUCCACCACGCCGGGGCUGGAGGACGAAGGCGGCGACGGGCUCGGUGAGAUGAAGAAGGACCGUCUUCCGAGAGACAGUUACAGCGGUGACGCACUUUAUGAGUUUGACGCGCUGAUGAGCCCCGCUGCCGGGGAGGAAUCGCUGUUUGAGAGCAAAGUCUCGCCCCCGGGGAUCUUCAGCUACUUCUUGGACUUCUGCCUGCCUGCCGAGAAGAGCCUGGUGCAGAUGAUGGACCAGAAAAGAGGGGUGAUGGAAACGGAAGAAGAGCGUCUGGCGGCCAUUCAGAAAGAGCUGCUGUACUGGGAGCUGCAGAGGGAACCGGUCCUGAAACGCCUCGAUGUUCCCAGCAAGGAGAAGCGUCCCCGGGAACAGCAGUGCGUUGAAUGUAAAACUAGAGCAGCCAACUCGCUUGGCAAGACUCAGAGCGGCCUCGGUAGCGAGCCGGUGGCCUCGCCCGCCCCGAGCAGGGGUGCGAAGAGUGGGCUUCUGGUGGCGAGAGGUGAAAAUCCCGAGUGGGGAGAUUUUCCAGGGCCUCUGUGUCCCGAAAACUGUUACAGCAGCCAAAAAGCCCAGGGAAGUUGCCUUAUUCAGCUCACGAAGAACAACUCGGGGUUCGAUUCGGACCCGGACUGUGGGAUGUUUGGCGUAGCCCCGGCCAAAGCAGGAAUGUUCCCCGGCUACAGGCUCCCGGAGCAGGAGCGUGGCGGCGGAGCGGAGAGCACCACGGGCAAGCCCCAGGUGGGCAGCGAGCACGAGCCCGAGCACGCGGUGAGCUUCUCGCAAGCGCUGGUGGAGUUUGCCGGCAGCGGGACCCUCUUCUCCAGCCUGUCGGAAAGUCUGGGCAGCUCUGCCUCCGGGUCGUCCUUCACCCAGAACCUCCCUGCCCUCCCCACCAUGGUCACCUUUGACGUCGUCGACGUGGAGCAGGAAGGAGAGGGGGAGUGCGAGCAGCACCCCGAGAUGAACGGCGGCGAGGACAUCGCGGAGGCCUUUGACGAGGGCUACGGACAGAAAGAGUCGUUGGCCGAAUGUGACGAGAGAAUGUCCCCGGGGUACGCCCCGGGCCCCUUCCAGAGCUGCAACUGGGGUGUUGCCAGCCUGCCCCGGCACCUGCGCCUGCACGGGCUGGGCCCCUCCGCACCAGCGCCGCUCUCCGUCGACCGGAGGAGCCGGUCGCUCGACACGGAGAGCCUGGAGUUUGAGCUUGCCGACGCGCAGGCUGCCAGGAGCGGCCCUCAGCCCUGCCGGCUCUGGUCGAAGCGGGAGGGCGGCCAAAGGGACUCGGGCGGAGCGAGGAGGAGCAGGAGCGAGGAGGAGGGCGAGCCGGCGGCUCCCGACGGUGGGUUGAGCUGGCCGGGCUCGCCGCACCUCCGGCACGACACCGACGCGGCUGCCGGCGGGGGGACGAAGCCCUGGGCUUUUGCUCCGGCCGCCGCGAUGGAGCGUGCCUGGGAGCCGUCGGAGCAGCCGACGUCCCCCUUCCCGCCUCUUUCCCAGGGUGUCGCUGGAGAGACUCCGGCCAGGCGGCCCCCAGAGCCGGAGCCGAGCAGGCACCCGCUCAGGCCCUCCAAUUUGCCUCUGCAGCCCGAGGCGAGGCGGUCCCGGGAGGCGGCCGGUUCCUACAGGUACCCGGGCGAAGUCACCGCCAAGAACCUGGCUCGAUUGUUACCCUUGGGAGAAACAGAGCCCGCGCUGCCCCCGAGCUUGAGUUUCCCGCGCUCGCCGGAGAAACGCGCCAAGUGCAGACCCGUCGGCAUCGCCCAGGGCGUGCCUCAGCACCCCAACGGCAGCACCGACACCACGAAAGGCGCGGAGCGCUGCGGAGAGCCCCUGAAAGGCAGAGCCCCCCCCGGGCACGUGCUGCCCAUCGGCUGCCGCAGCGCUGCCCUGAGCGUCGCCGAAGCCGAAUAGCCGCUCCGGGGAGGGCGUGCAAAGGGUUGCCAAGCGCGGGGAGGGGGAAAAUAAACCUGAGCGAGGAACUGCGCGAGCCGCCCCGCUCUCGGACGCCCAGUGCGGUCGCAGCCCCCGGCGCGCUCACGUUGCUGCUAGAACGAAAGCUGGGAACGGACCCGUUGCUAGCGUGGCAGGUUUGGGGGUUUCUGCAGGAUUGGAGCCGGGGGAGCAAGCCUUGGGGAAGCUUUUGGGAGCAAUUGGGUAUUUUCUUCCUCUCCUGGGUGAAAUGUUUGGUUCGGGCUCACUUCGAAUGUCUCGAUUCGGGGAGGCUGGGAGGAAAGACGCUGGUUAUUUCUGGAGCGGGGACGGGAGGCGAGUCAGCUGAAAAGGGAACUUUGCAGUAGCAUUUUUAUUUAUUGUGUUUUUUCCCUUGCCCCAAAGGAGCAGGAGCUUUUGUGCGCAUG